GGAGGGGCAGGGAGUUUGAACUCUGAACCCAACACAGGCAGGGGCCUGGGUGCUAAGACCCUCCACUCAGCUUCCGGCCCCUCUGAGGGCUAAAGUUUUCCCUGGGCCUGUGGAGAUGGGCGGGGCCUCUGAAGCAGGGCUCCAGUUUCCGUGGAAACCCACAGGCUUCCCACCCACUGCUGCCUGGGCAGGCUCCCAGCUGGGGCCUCAUCCGCUGCCAGCCUCUCCUCCCCGGUCCAGUCUGCUCCACCCUCAGCCUCUCUUGGCCCCCUCCCCGAGUCCCCAGCCCCUAGCCCAGCCUCUGGCCUCUUCCACUGGCCUCCGAUGCCUUCUUAAGGAACCUGGGCCUCUCCUGCCCCAUCCCUAAACUUUAGCUUCUCAGCUAACAGGCUUCCCAAGCUCCUGCCCCUCCCUCUCAGGCCUUUCUAGUCUCCACACCAGCUGCUGGGCCUGGCCAGGCCUCCUGCUCCUUCCCACCUACCACCUCCCGCAGACCAAGAGACAGCAGGCCCGCUAGGCUAGGCUCUUAUCCUACCCGCUUACUCCCCUGCCCCCCCCAUGGAGACCCCAGGACUGGCUGUGCACGGGGAGGCUGCACCCUUUUCCACAGCACUCCGAAGCCUUCUCAACAAUCCCCAAUACAGUGAUGUUUGCUUUGUGGUCGGUCAAGAACGGCAGGAGGUGUUUGCCCACCGGUGCUUGUUGGCCUGUAGAUGCAACUUCUUCCAACGACUUCUGGGCCCAAAGCUGGGCCCUGGGACGCCUAGCCCCGUGGUGCUAAGCACCGUGCCCGCUGAGGCCUUCCUGGCAGUGCUGGAGUUCCUGUACACCAACAGUGUCAGGCUGCACCGCCACUCUGUGCUGGAGGUGCUGACAGCGGCUGUGGAGUAUGGGCUGGAGGAGCUGCGAGAGGGAGAAAAGAAGGGAAGACUUCUUGGAGGAGGAAACAUGGUGUCAGAUCGGGUAGAACAGCUGUGCCUGGAGUUUGUGGUGAAGGUGCUGGAUGUGGAGCUGGUUUGUGAGGCCUUGCAGGAGGCGCUCCGGACCCGCGGCUUCUUGGAGCUGUCAGCGCCCGCGUUGCUGCCCCUGCUGCGCAGCGACAAGCUGUGUGUGGACGAGGCUGAGCUCGUCUUGGCUGCCCGGAGCUGGGCGCGCGUGGGCGCGGUGAGCUGGGGCUACGGGGGACCCCGCGGUGGGGAUGCGGAAGGAGGCUUGGGGCGCGGGAACCCGGCAAGCGGGUGGCGGGGCUGGUACCCGGCCCGUCCGGGCUUAGGGCUGGCGUUGGCAGGCCGUGAUGGAGCGGCCCGUGGCCGAGGUGGCGGCCCCGGUGGUGCGGGAGCUGAGACUGGCCUUACUGGCCCCGGCGGAGCUGAGCGCCCUGGAAGAGCAGAACCGGCGGGAGCCGCUCAUCCCGGUAGAGCAGAUCGUGGAGGCGUGGAAGUGCCACGCUCUGCGGAGAGGGGAUGCGGCCCGGGGCGCCCCGUGUCGCCGCCGCAGGGGAACCCUGCCUCGCGAGCAUCACUGCUUUCUGGACCUGCCCUUUAAGUGACCAAGGCCGCGAUUUGCGCGGAAUUCUGGCCAGGUCCCAAACUACAGCUCCCAACAUGCCUGGCGCUCAGAGGGGUCUUCCGCCCCCAGCAUGCUCUGCGAGCCGGGCGCUGGAAGAACCUCAGUUCGCCCUGCGCGGAUGGGGGGGAGGGGCGAGGAGUGGGUGUGGCUUGAGCGGGGCGGGGCCGGGCCGGGCCCCAAAGCGAUUUCCUUUGCACCCUUAACCCUGACACUCUCGUGGGACUCUGGCCACCCGGUCCUGCCGCGUUUACUUUUAUAACCCCCACAGUUUCAGCUCAGCUCCCUCUUUAUUCCAAACCUACCUCUUGGAGAUCUCUCUCCAAAUGCCGGACAGACACUUCAGACUCAGUUCCAAAUUGAGCUGCCUUCUCAUCUUUACCAAGUUCUGCCCCCAUCGUGUUUCUCAUGUACGUGGGUGUCUGAGCCAGAAAACUGCAUCUCAGCCUUGCCUUACUCCUCUUUCUCACGUCUGCCUCCGGUGGCUUCCACCUUCUAAGAGACUGAAGGGUAGCAGAAUGUGCCAACCCAAAACACGCCUCUUUGGGCUAAGGGUUAUUUUAAAUGGACUAUUCUGAGAAACAGCGGAAGCUGUGGAAACAGAAGUUACCCUUUUGUAAGGGAAAUUCAUAUUUAAAAAGGAAAUCUCCGUUUGUAAGGGUGUCUCAUUCUCUGUACCAGGAAAAGAAGGAUGAUGAACUCACAGGAUUUCAGCGGAGAAGGCACCCAUUGAAAUCUGCUUAACAAACCUUAUCUUGUUUACUGUGAUUUUCCUGGUGGCUCCCCUGUAACUGUCCUCCCUACACUUUUUUUUCCUCUUUAGCUUAAGAUGGUUUUUCAGCAGGUAUUUUAGGCCGCCUCAGGGAGUUACUCAUUUUUCCCUGGGUAUCUUCCACGUACACAUGAGGUAUACAUGUUAAUAAACUUGUUUUUCUUUUGU